CUGACGCGACCUACUUUCGAUUUCCAAAGAGUCGUCUGAAACCCCCGUAUUGGCCCAUGCCUGAUGCCCCACGAUUUAUGCGCCAGCUGGGCGCCGGUUCUGCUUCCGGGAGCGGGAGCGGGACGCAGCAUGUGUGCUCAAAACACCUCAGCUUUCCAAUUCGGAAAUCGAGUGCGGUGAAAGUGAAACCCCACGUGGUGCCAUUCAGAGCACUUAGGCGCCUAACGCAGGGUUAAAUCACGCUCAGACCCGGUAACCGAUAGGCACGUAUGUGCGGACCAUUGAAGGCUGAACGGAUUGUACUGCGCCUAACUAUGCAAAAAGGCCUGUGUAAUCCUAAGCCCUAGACCUGAACGCUCACGCGUUCUCUCGCUUACUGCAUUAUUGGUGGCAGGGCUACAUACACGCUCCGAGUGAAGUCUAUACCGCUCAGGAGCUCCGCCAAGGGAGCGCGAGCAAGUUUUGAGCAAACGCGCAGUUAGGACGCCGUACGCCAUAGAUUCCAUUCUGAUGCCUUGCGCAGAGUCCUUUGCAAAGGUGGUGUACGCGCCAAGUUGACGACUGGCAUGCGUCUGCGGGGCCGCAGCAAGCUUUCGAUCCAGGCGACGUUCCAAUUUCACGAACUAGCGCCGCUUGUCAGUUUCAAGGUCGCACCUAUCGCUAUGCAACGAUCUACGUUUUGCGGCCUUCUUAUACUUGAUAGAGCAUAGAACGGAUGGAAGCGAGCUGGUUGGAAUCGCCAUUUAGUAGACCUGCCCUGGGGCCCGAUGGACAAAGCUGAACGCGCUGCUGGUGGCCCUAACGCUGCAAGCGAGGACGACUGGCUGCUGGAGUUUUGGCCGGAGCCUGCAGCGGACUUUCCUGCACCGGUCGCUCCGAUGCUGUCGCAGCAUCAAGACGCAGCACAGCUGCCUGAGGCCAUGCCGCAGCAGCAAGGACUGGCGCUGGGUGGAUAUGGUCUCACGCAGCAGCCUUCUGACUUUAUGCAAACGGGCAUGCCCGGCUUCGACGCGUUCAGCAGCGGGAAGGCUGCAACCCUCGGGCUGCCCCUGCUUGCCGACCCCCAGCGCGCCUCCACCGACGGCGCCUCUGCGCUUAUGAACGCGGCGCAGCAGUCCUCAGAGUACAUGCUGGCCCCCGGCAUGGGCGGCAUGCCGCAUCUACUAGCACCGAGCGUUGGCACGGCGCUGCCCGGCACUGGGCACACCGGCUUCGCGGACCUGUCCAUGGGGGGCAUGGCGGGGGGCAUCCCGGGCCUCGGGGGGCCAGGCAUUAUGCAUGGGCAGUACUUCAUGCAGCCGCAGCGAGCAGCCACGGGCCCCGCCAAGAGCCGGCUGCGCUGGACGCCGGAGCUGCACAACCGCUUCGUCAACGCGGUGAACUCGCUGGGGGGGCCGGACAAGGCCACGCCCAAGGGCAUCCUUAAGCUCAUGGGCGUCGACGGCCUCACCAUCUACCACAUCAAGUCGCACCUGCAGAAGUACCGCCUCAACAUCCGGCUGCCGGGAGAGAGCGGCCUCGCGGGCGACUCGGCGGACGGCUCGGACGGCGAGCGCUCGGACGGCGAGGGCGGCGUGCGGCGCGCCACCUCGCUGGAGCGGGCAGACACCAUGUCGGGGAUGGCGGGAGGGGCCGCCGCAGCGUUAGGGAGAGCGGGCGGGACGCCGGGCGGUGCGCUAAUCUCCCCCGGCCUUGCCGGCGGGACGUCAAGCACCGGUGGGAUGGCAGCCGGCGGCGGCGGGGGUGGCGGCUUGGUGACUGAGCCCAGCAUCUCUAGGGGCACGGUCCUCAACGCGGCCGGCGCAGUUGCCACCGCCGCGCCGGCUGCGGCGGCGCCUGCCGGCGGGUCCGCCGCCGUGAAGCGGCCGGCGGGUACGUCUCUGAGCAGCGGCAGCACUGCCUCGGCUACUCGGCGCAAUCUGGAGGAGGCGCUGCUGUUCCAAAUGGAGCUGCAGAAGAAGCUGCACGAGCAGCUGGAGACGCAGCGUCAACUGCAGCUGAGCUUGGAGGCGCACGGGCGCUACAUCGCCAGCCUCAUGGAGCAGGAGGGACUCACCUCGCGACUGCCCGAGCUCAGCGGCGGCGCGCCGGCGGCGGCGCCUGUGGCCGCAGGCGGCGCAGCGGGCGGCAUGAUUGCGCCGCCGCCACCGCAGCAGCAGCUGCAGCACCAGCCGCAGCUGCUGCAGCCGCAGGGCAGCUUGCCAGCCGGCGGUUCCUCUGAAGCCCAUGCCGCAGCCGGCGCCGGCACGAUGGUGGUGCACCAGCAGCAGCAGCAGCACGUGCACCAUCAUCACCAGCAGCAGCAGGUGCAGAUGCAGCAGCAUGCCCGCCACUGCGACACGUGUGGCGCCGGUGGCGCUGGGGGUGCGCCCAGCGGCGGCAGCAGCAUGCAGCAGCUUCAGGCUGCGGAGCAGCAGCGCACGGAGCUUGUUGUGGCGGGGCGGCUAGGCUCCAUGCCGGCGCCCGCCUCUUCGUCGCCGCUAGCAGGGCAGGCACACCAGCAGCAGCCGCUGGCCGGCGGGGCGGCGCACUUGGUGCACGUGCACUCGCACACGCCUGGGGGGCAGCCGCACGUGCAGCACCAGGACGCGUUUGCCGGCGCGGCUACGGCGGCAGCGCACGCUUCGCCGGGGCUGCCGCAGUCACAUUCGCACCUGCUCCCAGCCGACCUCUCCAGCAACGCCGGUCCUGACACAAGCGCGGGGCAGAUUAAGCCUGAGCCUGAUAUGUCGCAGCAACAGCAGCAACAAGAGCAACAGGAGGCGGAGCAGCUUGCGCAGGGUUUGCUCAAUGACAGCAGCGCUGGCGCGGGGGCUGUCAGCGGCAGCGAUGGUGGGGGCCUUGGGGACUUUGACUUCGGUGAUUUCGGGGACCUGGACGGGGGAGCCCAGGGCGGCCUACUAGGCCCCGGAGACCUCAUUGGCAUCGCCGAGCUGGAGGCAGCGGCCGCGCACGAGCAGCAGCAAGAGCAAGAGCACGACCCACUAGAUGCGGAUCGCGCAAAGCGGCAGCGAGUGGAGCCAUAGGUUCAGAGCUAGCAGGUGUGUUAGGCAGCGGAACAGCAGCUGUUGCGCUCCCGACAGGCUAACCAGCCAAGCCACAGACGUCUGGUGCCCCAGUCGGUUGCGCGUGCAGCUGUGGCGCCAGGGGCCCCUGCCUGGUAGACAGAGCCCCUCGUCCGCUGAAAGGAGAGCGAGCACGGGACGCGACGAGCCGUCGCCAAGUUGGCAGAAGGCACCUGCGCAUGCAUCUGUUGACUCUGUCUUUCUGUUGUUGGCUGAUGUCUUGAAGUGUCAUUGACUACCGUCCUGCAUACGUUCACGUGGUACAUGCUGGGUGCCGCCGCCAUCUGGCGCUCCCGCCGUUUUGAGCUGAUUGCGCUCGGCGCCAGACAGCGGUUGGCCCUUGCUUUGGGGCUCGUGUCGAUUGCGUUUGUAUGCCGCUCGUUUGGCCGGCAGAGCGCGCCGGCCCACGGGGCCGUGCGGACGUUACGUGUGUGAGGCCCCAGCCGAAGUACCGCAGUGUGCUGUCGCUCACUCGCGCACUGCCGCUCGACUUGCGGUGUGUGGACGGGUGCUCUCAGGUGCCUGCGCAUGCUGCGUAGUUGCAUUGCGCCCGCUCCGCGCUUGAGGUCAGAGGCGGGGCUGUGCAGCCUGCUGGAGUGUGCGGCAGGGGGUGCGUGUGCCAGGACCCUCACGACAGGAGGAGGACGCGUUGCGCCCCGCUGGUGUGGCCGGCUGCUCGGGCCGGCCAUUGUACCAUUCUUACCGGUUUGUACUGUUCACGGCAGCCGUGCGCACGGGGUGGCCGGCCGCGAGGCCUCAGUAUUUGAGGCUGACAUGCGUGUGUGUUUGGUGCGUCGUGGUGCGAUUGACUCAGAGCCUGCCGGUUGAGACUCAGGAGGGCCCAGUGUGCAUGGAAAGGUUGCAUGAGAGUCCGGCGGCCGCUUUGCGACGAGUUGCCAGUCGAAUCAUAGUUGGUGGGGCUUCUGGCGGAGCGAUGGGUGAGGCAUGGUUGUGUGAACAGGAAGGGGGUUGAGUCGCCAAUGACCGCCAAUGAACGAUGAUCACGAAACAUUAGUAAGUGGAACGCGUUGGUUGGCAUGUGUGCCGAUUAGGAGCCGGUAGGGGAAAUUAUAACGUCAUGGCAAACAUGAGGGGAGGAACAAACUGGAUGCGGGGCAUAGUCAACAGCUGAACAACCUAGCAUUUGCUUUUUAUCGGGGACGACGCUCAAUCGAAAGGGCAAUGCACGGAAAGGUCACAGCAUGGGCAAGGGACUGGGAGAGGGCGCUGUGUGAGUCGCUCCUGCGAGCUGGUGGCCACAGGGGCUCCUGGCACAGGCGAGCGGCUGAAGUUGUGCGCGCGGCCGGCGUCUGGAUGGCGUGUCAACACUGCACGUGCAUCUAGAUGUCGACACUGCGGCCGAAUAACAUUGCAGGAGCAACGGUAAUGAGGGAGCGCUAAGGAGAGAGCGUCCUCGGAGUGUUCGAAGGCGGCAAGGCAUGGGCAUGGGCUGUUGCGCCUGCAUGCGUGGUCAGCAGGCUGCUUCUCAAUGCCAGGGGGUUGCGGUGAGGUAUGCGCCGGCGCCACGCUCGGAGCACCGCGCCGAGUCGCCUCAGAAGUCAGGCGUGUUGGAUUUGCUGCGAGAGGAGAGGGAGCGGAAUUGGAGACGCGCUAUUGUCAUGACACAUGCGUGCGCCGUACACCGUGCGUGCGGUUCCAGGAGUUCAGGUCGAAUGUAAGGGAGCCCGUGAAUGUCUUUCCGCGCGG